GCCAACAGCUUAAAAAUGGCACAGUGUGUUGAGCAAGCAACCUUCAGUGAGACUUGUUCUUUAGGACUAGAACUCUCUGUGUGCUCCCCUGCUGUCAGUUUUAAAGUGUUCAGCUGCAGAAGAGUGCUGGAAGAAACACAAGCAGUUCUUAAGAAGGGGCUUAUACUGACACAGGUGCAUGGACAUUCGUCCCAUGGUGAGACAGACUCCAAGUGCCCCCUUAUGGUAAAAGUAUUGGAUGCAGUGAGAGGAAUCCCCGCUGGCAAUUUGCUAGUGAACGUUUUCAGGCAGACAGACGGAAACUGGGAGCUGAUCACUAGUGGGAAAACCACCGAGCUUGGAGAAAUCCAUAAUCUCACCACAGACGAACAAUUCACAGAAGGAGUCUACAAAAUUGAAUUCGCGACAAAGGCUUUCUGGGGAAAACUUGGCCUUUCUCCAUUCCAUGAAUACGUUGAUGUGGUGUUCACAGCUAAUGAUGCCGGGCAUCGCCACUACACUAUUGCGGUUAUGCUGACCCCCUACUCCUUCUCGUCCACUGCUAUUGUCAGCGAACCACACGAUGAUCUGCAAUGAAAUGGUCUUCUUUUACUGAUUAAACAUAAUACAGUGUUUUUUAACUAACAUUAUUCUUUUUUAAUCUUUGUACAACUUCUUCCAGUCCAGUUCUAGGUUAUGUUAACCACUGCUUAAUAAACCACUCUUCUGAAACUAA